AUGGCGAUGAAUUGCAAUAUAGACACUUAUUGGAUGAACUUUGGAUAUUGGGAAAAGAGGAGGGACGAUAAGGAAGGUAUUAUCAUUAUUUCCGGUAUAGUUAUUUUCCCUCAAGCAUGUUCCAGAAUGGCGGGCAAAUUAGCUGAGGCUGUCAAUAUGCAACCUGGCAAUCGAUGUUUAGAUAUUGGUUUUGGAUGUGGGGAUCAAGACAUAUGGUGGCAUCAACACUAUGGUGUUGAUAUUAUAGCGGUGGAAGUUGUGCCAUCCCAGGUUGCGGUUGCCAAACGGCGUGUCAGGGAUUUAGGGUUAGAGAAACGCGUACAGCUAAUGCUGGGGAGUGCGGAUGAUCUAAACUUUGCCAGGGCUACUUUUGACAAGAUUGUCAGCCUUGAUAGUGCUUACCACUAUCGUACUAGAGAAGUAUUCUUCUCCAAAGCGUAUGCCUUGCUACGCCCAGGUGGUUCGCUAGGUCUAAUUGAUUUCGUAUUUAACAACAGGAAAUCAUCACUAUUACAAGAGUUAGUCAAGACUUGUGCCUCAAAAUUCUUCCUGGUUCCAAAAGUGAAUAUGGUAUCCAUGGAUACUUAUGCGUUGCAAAUGAAAUCUGCUGGUUUUUGUAAUGUCAGGAUUGUGGAUCUUUCAGAACAUGUAUUUAAUGGGUUUUAUGAAUACAGUGUCAACCAGUACAAAAAAUAUUCUGGUUUGAUAGCACCUCGUGCUUUUAUACAACUACGACUUGUCGGAAUGGCAAUCAAAUUUGUUGGAAGAUAUACCAAUAUCAAAUGCAUCUUGGCUACUGGUGAUAAACUUUCUAGCAAAUGA